AUGGAAUCCUCAAUAGACCAAGUGGCCGCCAAGUGCGGCAAGCAGCUGGACACUUUUCAACGCUGCAUCCUCGCCAACCAGCAGAACCCCUCGGCGUGCGAGCAGUACAAGACCGAGCUCUCGCGCUGCGCCGCCUCGGCCGUACCUCUGCUCAACGAGAUCAAGAACCGCUGCGUCGCCCAGGUCAUCGCGUACGACCGAUGUCUCGAGCAAUUCACGUCACAAGGCGAUGAGGCGCUCGAACGCAAUUGCACGCCCAAGCUGCGCGACCUGUGGUUCUGCACCGAAAAGGUCAAGAGGGAGGUGGAGGAGAAGGGCAAUGCGGAUGUGCAGAGGAGUAAGGAGCUGGGGAAGGAGGCGUUGACAAAGUGA